AAGUCUUCAAGACAAGAGACAGAGAUAGCUAUAGCAAAGUAGCUCAAGAAGUAGAAAGUUGUCCAGAAACUAAAGAGAAAAAAAAACCAAAAAAAGAAGCAAUGAGCGUAGAAACACCAAAUAAACAAGAGAUAAAGGAUAUCUUUUUUAGUAUAACUGAUGAAAUAGAAGAUAUACAGAAAGAAGCUGAACAAACAACCACUUUCUCAGAAGCAGAACUUAUAACAAGAGAUGAACUAUCAUUUAAAAAUAAUAACAAAGAGAAUAACUCUUCUCAAGAGAAUAUAUCAUCAUAA